UCGCCGCGGACGCACUCACACCGAGAUAUAUUUAUAUAGAGUAAUUAAAAAUAAAUUACUUAUAUAGGUUCCUAAUAUAUAUAAUCCUUGUAAAAUAAUUGUACAAAAUGUUUUAUAUUUUUUUCUGUAUUUUGAUAUCCGCAAUGGUCACAGUUUUAACUGCGCCUUCGAACCCUUAUGCACGUGGGCCUCAAUAUACUAUAAGUACAGAAAAUGGCCGAAAACAUCCCUAUAUUGAAGUCCGUAACGCGACAUAUCACGGUUUAGGACCUCGUGAAGAGGCUCGGGCCAUGUGCGCUGUUAAAACUCAGGAGGUUAAUGCCACUGCCAACGCGACAAUUACAAGGAGGUUGCACGGUGUUGUUACAUCAAGGGAGCUACACAAUGCUAUCCAGCGUUUGGAAGUGAUCAUCUUCGGACAGAUGCAGCAGCUUUGGCAGAGCCUGGACGCGUUGCGAUCACAGCUCACAACUAACACCAAUACUAAUUAUCCUGAUAGAAGAAGCAUCUCUUUUAGGUUUAGACCCAAUAGACAUUAAUUUACUGCGAGCUGUAUCGAGAAAAAAAAUAAAUCUGUCAUGAAAUUUUUAAAUUUAGAAUGUUUUGUUUAUGUUAUGAAAACAGCAAUUGAAUUCGCUUAAAAAAUACACAAUGUUUGAAUAGUUUUAAAAGCGGACGAGAAUAGAAUAAAUUAGUGUAUUAAAAAGGUUUUACUGUUUUAAGGUAAUCCUUUGUUCGUACUAACUAUACGUAAAUUGUUUAUAAGGAUAAGGAAAUAAAACUUAAAUGAUUACGUGUAAUGUUUGUCAAAUGUAAUCGUGUUGUGAAUGUUUAUUUUUUUUUGUGUCCAUUGAAAUAAUCACUAAACAUUUUUAUAGAGAAAUAAUAAAUAAAAAGAAUCGAAUAAUAAUGAUAAAUUUAUUAACAAUUAGUAACUUAUCGGUAUUUAAACAGUCGAGUUUUUACAUUGUUCGUGUGGUUUGUAUCAAUUUGUUACAUAAACAUACAUACACGUUAAUUCUCAGGGGUUAAUAGAAAUGUAUACAGCCGCGUACAUAUCAUUCGUUUUUAUUAAAUUUAUCACAAGAACUAUGUUAGUUACAUAUAUAAGAUGGCGCCUACACUAAGUUAUUAAUAAAUAUCAACAAAUAAACAUUAUAUUUUUA